CACUAGCUAACACGGUCUCAUGGCACAAGCGGCGCACGUCGUCAUGCUCACGAGCUCCGGUGCCGGCCACGUCCUCCCGGUGUCCGAGCUGGCGAAGCGCCUCGCCGUGCGCCACGGCUUCACCGUCACUAUCGUCACUUACGCCAGCCUGUCCACGCCCGGCCACUCCUCGCCGCUCGCCUCCCUCCCGCCGGGCGUCUCCGUCGCCGCGCUCCCGGAGGUGUCCAUCAGCGACCUCCCAGCCGACGCGCACUUGGUGACCCGCAUCCUCACCGUCAUCAACCGCGCCCUGCCACAACUACGCGACUUACUACGCUCCCUCCUCGGCCUCCCGGCGGGGAUCACUGCCUUCAUGACCGACAUGCUCUGCCCCGCGGCGCUCGCCGUCAGCAAGGAGAUGGGUCUGCCUGGGUACGUCUUCUACACCUCCAGCCUCAUGUCGCUGUUAUCGUUGCUCUACACGCCGGAGCUCUCCAGGACCACCACCUGCGAGUGCCGCGACCUCCCGGAGCCCGUGAUGCUCCCGGGGUGCGUGCCGCUGCACGGCGCCGAUCUCGUCGAACCCGUCCAGAACCGCUCCGACCCCGUGUACGAGCUCAUGGUCGACCUCGGUCUCAACUACCUCCUCGCGGAAGGCUUCAUCGUCAACACCAUGGACGCUUUGGAGCACGAGACGCUGGUGGCGUUCCAAGAGCUUUCUGACAAAGGCGUGUACCCUCCGGCAUACGCCGUGGGUCCAUUCACCCGGCGGCGGUGCCCCGACUCGGACGAGGUCAAGCACAGCUGCCUACGGUGGCUGGACAACCAGCCGGACGGCUCGGUCUUGUACGUGUCCUUCGGCAGCGGCGGCGCGCUGUCCACAGAGCAGACGGCCGAGCUGGCGGCUGGGCUCGAGGCGAGCGAGCAGAGGUUCCUCUGGGUGGUCCACCACCCCAACGACAAGGACAGCAGCGCUGGCUACCUCGGUACUGCCACCACCGACGACGACCCGCUGAGCUACCUGCCCGAAGGGUUCGUCGAGAGAACGAAAGGCACAGGGCUCCUUGUGCCACUGUGGGCGCCGCAGGUGGAGAUCCUUAACCAUGUCGCCGUGGGAGGGUUCAUGUCUCAUGGCGGAUGGAACUCCACGCUGGAGAGCGUGGCGGCGGGGGUGCCGAUGGUGGCGUGGCCGCUGUACGCCGAGCAGAGGAUGAACGCGGUGAUGCUGUCGUCGGAUCGGGUGGGCCUGGCUUUGUGGGAGAGGCCUCCCCUCGGUAAAGACGGAGCAAUUGUCCCGCGAGAGGAGGUGGCGGCGCUGGUGAGAGAGCUUAUGGAAGGGGAGAAGGGCGGCAUGGCGCGGAAAAAGGCCGAUCACCUCCGGGAUGAGGCCGAGAUUGCUUCGGCGCCAGGUGGGUCGCAGGAUCGAGCUCUCGCGGUAGUGGCUGGCAUGGUUUCCUUGCAUCGGAAGAGCCACGGUGACUAAAGAGGAUGCUCCCUAGUCUCCCUAGUUGCUCCCUAAGGUAACUGAAUAAGAAGCAUGGUGGCUGAAGUUGUUUCUUGAUUUAUGUUGUAUCGAUUGCUAUAUGCGUAUUUUACAUUUAAAUAUAGAAUAAUACUUUGUUCUUUGAGAUAUUA